CUGAUUCUUUUGCCACAAAUCACCAUGUCUGCCAACCUCAAUCCAUCUCCCGAGUUUCUCUCUGGACUGCGUGCUCUGUACCAUACCAACACCAACCUUUCUGAUCUUUCACCGAAGGAAAAUGCAGACAGCCCCUGGUACAUGGCUGCCGCUAUCGCGUUCGCCGCAGCCAACCGGCCGAAUGCUGUGCCUGUCGUGUUUGAAUACGCGUUGACCACCGUGCCAAAGGAGGAACAUGCACUUCGGCUCCAGAUCGCGAGGAAGGUGAGGGAUGGAGUGUUCAAGGCGGGGAUGAUUUGUGGGUUUCCUAGGGUCAUAAAUGCCCUCGCAUCGUUGCACAAGGCUACGCCAGAGGAGCUGAAAGACAAGGAGACUCUUAGGGAUCGAUCAAUGUCUGUUGAGCAAGCUACCAAACAGGGGCAGGCCUACUUCGAGUCAACGUACGGUGAUACAACUGCGAAGACACAGUCCUUCCUCUGGGACAUAUUUCCUGACCUCGAGUACUACGUCACGUCCUUUGCGUAUGGGUUUGGUUAUGCGCACAACUCUGCGACGUCUCCUAUCGAGACUUCUUAUGCAAUGAUAUCUGCGCUCAUCGCGACCGACAUGCCUACCCAGAUUGCGUGGCAUCUGGCGGGCGCGGUGCGCAAUGGUGCGACGCCAGGGGAGGUCAGGGGCAUUCGUAACAUUGCGAUGACAGUCUCGAAAGAAGUUGGGGUGGUUUGGAAAGAUGAAGUCCCUGACGUGAAGGAUGAAGGGUCUGUGCUUCUUGAUCAUUGAAGCGACCCAAAUCAAUACUGUAUGUUAGAUGUGGAACAAAACUGUACAACUUGAAGUGUUCCGUUGUAAUCUUUGAUGUGGCUGUGCAAUGACAUCGCCUGCCCAGCUGCGGCUCAGGGCAUCGCUUGGGGUAUCGCGUAACCAG